ACCCUUUGGAGAAAUGCGUCCAGCAGUCCUUUGGAGAAUGACGAUGCUUACUCGUUAGUUUUGAAACUGCACUAAGCAAGGCGGUGGUUACAGGUGGCGCAAAAUGUACACGACGUCAUUAGACUCGGCGUAAAACCUAAGAUUUUCCGUGGUUAAAUUUCAUCGUGGGCUUUAGGCCCACAACUCCACGUUAACGUAACAACGAAGCCUUUUUCGAAGCGUCAAGAUCACGCACCCCGGGAAAAAAGGUUCAAAAUAUAACCGUCUAGCCCUAACAAACUACUUCUCUCUGUGUCUUGCUUCCUCGGCUUAGCAUUAGGGUUUCUCAGACGCUUAAUAAUAUAACUUCCUCGGAUCCUCCUUUAGGCUGCGUAUCUAUUACUCUUACUGAGAGCAAUUAUGAGAACCGGAGCGAUGAGAAAAAGUGGUGUGGAAACACAGGGCGAUGAGGUGAUGAUUGAGUCUUUCGAGGAAGAGACUCAGCCUCAGGGUGAUGAAGUCAAAGAUACAUCUCCUUCUCAGCAGCAGGAGGAAGACACAAGCGAGGUACUGAAUGAGGAUAAGAAGAAGCCUGCUCGUCGUGGUGGUGGCAAGCGAAAGAGGACCACGGAAAAGGAAACUGAGAAGGAUGAUCAUGUAGAGAAACACGCUCCUACAGCUAAGAAAGCCAGAUCGACCAAGGUUGAGCCUGAGUACUUGGAGGAGAAGCGUAAUCUGGAAGAUUUGUGGAGGGAUGCCUUUCCAGUUGGAACUGAGUGGGAAGUACUAGAUAAACUUUAUGAAUUCAACUGGGAUUUCAAACAUCUCGAAGAAGCAUUGGAGGAAGGAGGAAUGCUCUACGGGAAGAAAGUCUUUGUCUUUGUCAAUACAGAAGCCCAGUGGAUCAGCUACAAAGGUGGUGCAUCCAAAGUUGUCUGGCUCCCUACAGUUUUUGUUAUUGAGUCACCCUUUCCGCCUUCUGAUAAGUUAGCAGUCACAUCGGUUCAGAGUGCAACCGAGAGCAUCAUUCCAAUGAAGCAGAUGAAAAUGGAAUGGGUUCCUUACAUUCCCUUUGAGAAAAGAGAUAGACAAAUUGAUAGGGUGAAGUUUGAUAUUUUUAUCUUGGCCUGUACACAGAGGAGAUCUGCUCUCAAACAUUUGAAGGAAGAACGUUUUAAGAAGUUCACCUAUUGCCUUCCUUAUUUCUAUGACCCGUUUAAGGAAGAUGAACUUGAAAAUAGUACUGACGUCAAAAUAGUGUUCCCCUCUGACCAGCCGGUUUAUUGUGAAUUUGACUGGAGUUUUGACAGACUUGAGGAAUUUUCUGAUGACCUGAUUGAAGCAGAAGAAUUAUCUGCUAAACAAAAGGAUGAAUUCAAAGUUUUUGUCAAAGAGCAUGUCCGAGCAGCAAGGAAAGCUAGGCAAGAGGCAAAAGCUGCUCGACUGAAAGCAAUAGAAGAAAUGAGUGAAGAAACUAAGCAAACCUUUCAAAGCAUCAAGUUCUACAAAUUCUACCCUCAGCCUUCACCAGACAUCUCAGGAGUCAAACAGUCGCCGAAGAUUAACAGAUAUUACGGGAAUGCUCAUCAAGUCCUUUGAUAUGGAUUCUUCAGAAGUCAGAAUAGCUUUUCGUGGCUGCUAGCUCCAACAGUACUCUCAGAUUCUCUUUGAGCUAGUUAGAAAAAGUAGGCUAGUUUAAUGAUAAGUGAUGCCGAGUUUGUUCAACUAUACAUAACAUCUUAUGUCAUGUCUAGCAAAAUA